AAAAAAUAAAUAAAUAACAGAGACAUAUGUCUCCAUGUAUAUCUAUAUAAACAUCCAAGUAAGACCAUAUGUCUGAAUAAUAUAACCUUAAAUGCAGAAAAACCAGAGAUUCUAAUAACAAAGAGUUUUAUAAGUCUGAUCUCAGUCAUGUCAUCAUCAGCCACCGAUACUAUCAUCAAGCCGUCGUCACUGCCGGCGGUUGAGUCAGUCACGUGCGACACGUGCGGUUUUACCGAGGAAUGCACACUGGCUUACAUCCACCGCGUCAAGGAACGGCACAAGGGACACUGGCUUUGUGGACUCUGCGCGGAGGCGGUUAAGGACGAGGUGGUUCGUUCUCCGACGAGAAUCUCCGUCGAGGAAGCUCUCCGUCGGCAUACUACGUUCUGCCACCAGUUCCGUUCUUGGAGUCCAGACGAGGAGGAAGAUCCCAUUUCAGUCAUUGGAAGGAUUCUACGACGGAGCCUCGACGGCUCUCCACGGAGGACCACCACGAGGUCGAGCUCUAGCGGGACUUUGCCGGGGAUAGACGGCGUAGCGUCACGACGGUCGCUUCUCCGAUCAGGAAGCUGUUUCCCUUCUCUCUCUACUUGAUAAAAUAUGUUAAAUGUAAAUUUUUGUUUAUUGUUUUUUCUUGUUUUUUUUGUUAAAUAAUGUUAUUUUGUAUUUAAUAACAAUUCAGAUGGAGAAGAAAGGUUGGAAUCCGAGGAUGUAAUCUCCUGUGACGUUAGUCUUUCUUCGUAAGUGAGUUUAAUAAAAUGGUUAAUGAGCAAAGCUCAUAUAUUGCAGUACUUAAUAAAUUUAUAUCCUUUUUUUGUCUUACAUAACUUAAUUAGAUGUAAGUUUUCUAUGUAACUAAUAUUAUAUUUAGGUUUGUCAGCAGUGCAAUAUGUAGUAACCAUAUACGUCGUAGCUAUAAAAAGCAUAGAUAAAAAAAAAAGGAUCUUCCUUUUUGAAACUUCUUUUGAUGAAAAUCUAUUACUGAAACUUGUUAGAAUAGAUGUUGUUGAAGACAAAGACACGUUAGUCUAGGCUGAUAAAAAUGUACAUUCAUGUAAUACAGGGAUAUGUAUGUUUUUUUUUUUGUAUCAAAUUCAUAGUAGAAAUGUUUCACGAAUGUUUUUUUUUUUAUAG